UGACGCGGGCCCGCUGGCGGGUGCAGUGACUGCACUGUGCGCUCUGCGGGCUGUAGUUGGGCCCGGAGGAGCGGCUGCGAGGGCACCAAGAACGGCCUGGGGUCCGGCGCGGCCAUGGCGGGCGCACUGGUGCGGAAGGCGGCGGACUAUGUCCGGAGCAAGGACUUCCGGGACUACCUCAUGAGCACGCACUUCUGGGGCCCAGUAGCCAACUGGGGUCUCCCCAUCGCCGCCAUCAAUGACAUGCAAAAGUCUCCAGAGAUUAUCAGUGGGCGGAUGACGUUUGCUCUCUGCUGUUACUCCCUGACGUUCAUGAGAUUCGCCUACAAGGUGCAGCCGCGCAACUGGCUCCUGUUCGCCUGCCACGCCACAAACGAGGUGGCCCAGCUCGUGCAGGGGACGCGGCUCAUCAAACACAAGAUGACUAAAAAGGCAACUGCGUGACGACGGAAAGGCAGCAGCUGGCGCUCUGACGGGGCAGCAUCGCCCGCUGCUGAGUCACAGAGUCCCCUGCCAGGAGUGCCCCUGCGAGGGACGCGCGCAGAAAGCUCUUUGUACUAACCCGAGGACCCCCCAGAGGCAGCGGAGCCCCGCGCCAGCACCCGCCGCCCUCCGAGGACUGCGCACUCGCCCCCUCCAAAAGCGCAGCCCUGGCAUGCGAUCGCUAUAGUGCUUCCUGGUGAUGGUUUUAUCACAGGAACGUGCGCCUUAUCUAUCAGGUUUAUUAGCGGAAAACUGAAGAGAACAAAAUUUGUAACUGCAUAUUCAGAAUUCUUGACUUUUUCUUUAAUGACCAUGAGACCGCUGACCACUGGCCAAAAACAAAAAAUCUCUUAUCCAGGGUUUGAAGAGUGUCCGUUUCCAUGCAGUGUGUAUUCUGAAAUGCUGUAACUUAAUGGCAAUAAACAAUUUAAAUAUUUGUCAAAUGCGAA